ACGCAGGCAUUGAGUUUCCUGUCUUGAUCAAGUGAAGACGUACCGCUCGGCGCUGCUGAAUCCUGGUGUGGCCCGUUGUUGGAAACCGAAGUCACUUCAUUUAUCUAAGCAGUCAAGAAGGGAGUCUCUGAGCAGUGACAUUUGAGAGCUCAGGCAAUAAAGAAGUUACCUGAGCAGUGCCAGCCGUGUGCUCAGUCAAGGAGUAAAUAAUCUACAUAAGUGUGCUCAGGGAAAAGGGUAGGGCAAGGCUGGGUGUAAAAACAGACAUUCACGAUGAACUGCUCAAUGAACAAAGACCACUACACGGACAAUUCGACUUAUUUGUCCUAUCCACUCGUUGUCUAUGGCAUCGUUCAUAAUUACCUUGUUUUCGUUUUAGGCACCAUCGCGAACAGUGUUGCGUUGUGGUGCAUAUCGAGGUGUACGAAAACCAACGUGGCCAUGAAACUGCUGAUGAUGAGCGUCUUCGCUUCUCUUCUCGUGAUCUGCCUGAUAACCCGACCCGUGAUGGCCGAAAGGCUGAUAGCGAGUUUGUAUUGUGACAUGACGAGGCUCGACAUAAGGGUCCUUCUUGGCUUCUAUAUUCUCUACUCGUUCUGCGCCCAGUUCGAGCUCGCUGCCAUCGCGGCCGUGGCGGUGUGCAGGGCUGUUGCGGUAUGGGCGUCCAAUGCUCAUGUACUGCGCCUGAGGGUAGCUGUAGGUGCAGUGGUCGGAAUCUUCAUCUACUCCUUCGCAACCUCAGUCUUUUUGCUUGGCCCCAUGAUGGCCAAUUACAUCAAAGACCAAGAAAUGGCAAACGUGGCCAACGGCGUCUAUUUCUUCCUUAAUACAUUCGUGCCCAUCAUCACGACCAUGUCCUGUUACGUGGCCAUGAUCAUUGCGAUGCGUCGCAACGGGCGGCGGAUGGCCAAGGUGCAGUCCAGCCACUCCAGAGUCGUCAACAACGCCACCCGAGGAAUGUUCGCUGUGUUCGUGUCCAACCUUGUCUUCGGUCUUCCUCAUUCCGUCUACCACAUGUUGCCUCGUCCACCCCUGUCUUUCGAUAUCAUCUUCCAUGUCCUCUUCUCCAUGCACUUCGUCGUCGAUCCAUUUGUAUUUAUGUACUUCAACCACAGUUACCGUCGGCGCGUAGGCGAGCGCUUGUGGGCGGCGUGGGUGUGGGUGGUCGGAAGGUGUGGCGCCCCUACGCCCAAGACGCCGACGCCUCUCACCACCAGCACCACGACCUCGUUAGGCGGGAAGGAGACCCUCCACAGGAAGGACCAACUCGCAGAACAAAAUGUCUAAUGGCUGAGGCCUCUCGCUUAUCUCCUGAGGAAGCGGAUAUUUUACCCUUUGUUUCUGGCUCUCUGUUAUACAGGGAGACUCUCGCCUUGGGGAUUCAUGGGGAUUACCCGGGGAUGUUUGUGUGCUUGAAAAGUGGCGCACAUUGCGAAAUCCUUGUAUCCUGUACAAGAGCAAGUAUUUGCUUGGUAACAAGUUCAUAUCCGGACUAAACUGUGUGUGCAUUACGUAUGUGCAGAACAAUAUACUUUUAACAUUAACGUGUUAGCUGUUACUUUUAUAAAGUUCGUUGUGAACUCAUUAUUGGUAGUAUAUACAGAACCAUUUAGUUUGUUCUGUUAUAUUCACAGUUAUAUCUAUCCAGUUCUCAUGUUUUCACUUUACUUUCACAAAUGUAGAGGAGCUGCAUACACCUUAAAGGUCCUGGUAAAUGCCUAUUUUAUAUAUAUUUAUCUAACUACAUUCUGUAUCCAUUGCUGUAUCAAUUCGCAUUCCAAAGUAUUAGUCCAAAAAGCCAUGACGCCACAGUGCUGUUAAUCUUUAUGAAAUGUGAACAUAAAUAACAAGCGUACAAGCGGAAUCCGUAUUGAGAAACCAUCUGCUAAUUGCAAAAUUGACGCGGAAAAAGCUUUACACGGCAAAAUGUGGUUCGUCCAAAUGACAUCUAUGUCGUGGUUAAUCAUCGUGGAAUUCGGGGAAAUCAGUUAGGCGAAUGACCUCUCGCUUGUCAAAAGUGGUAAAUAUAUCAUGGCAUAUUUUACUGAUAUUUAUGCAAGUAAUGGUAUUACGUUUUAUUAAUUCACCAUUUCACUGCAAAAAGAAAAUGAAAAAUGCUUUGAAACAUAUCUUUAGCUUACACCUACAUGAGGAAAAUUCUUUCUACGUUUAAUGAUGUUGCGUCUUCACUCUGAAGGAAAUAUUUCAUUUUCAUUUUAUAUCACGACUAUCACUUCGACGAAAUCUCUCUCUCUCUCUAUCUAUAUAUCUCUCUAUCUAUCUUUCUCUCUCUCUAUCUUUUAGUUAUGUGCGCAUCAUUACCAAAGUAAACGAUACUCUAGAUGUUACCAAUGUAUCGAACAUAUAUAGGUUUGAUAUAACCAUAUAUGCAAAUCUGCGAGUGCACACGCAAAUCCCGCAUAAGAGUGUGCGAGUGAUGGUGGGUUGAGAACCACCAGCAAUGAUUGACCAAACAACUACUCCGGGAGUAGCCGCCCUAGUAGAAACACCCAAUCAACUGCGCCAACUAGUUCCUCAAACACCGCAUCGGUGAUUCCACGGAUAUAGUAAUGAUAUAUAUAUAUAUAUAUAUAUAUAUAUAUAUAUGUGUGUGUGUGUGUGUGUGCGUGUGCGUGUGCC